GUUAACUUCAACGUUUAUCAUAAAAGGAAAAUAUAAUGGCAGUCAGGUGGCAUGUUUUCGUCGUUUUUCUGAUGUUUACUACAUACUACUUGGCAGAGGUUUAUGCCCUAGUGGAAUUUACAAACGUGCAGUGUGAGUCUCUGGAUAAGGACUUUGCCUUAUUCGAGUAUUGUUAUCUGAAAUCUGUGAACCGUACUUACAAAUAUUGUUCCCUUAAAGUUAAGCUCCUAAAGCUACCCGUAACCAAAGUUAAGGUGCGUUUUGCCCUCUAUAAACGUCUGAAUGGCUAUAAGCCAUUUCUCUACAAUAUGACUGUAGACGCGUGCAAUUUUCUAAAAUCGCCGAAUCCCAAUCCGAUUGCUAAUUUCUUUUAUAGUUUUUUCAAAGAGCAUUCCAACAUGAACCACACUUGCCCCUAUACCCAUGAUAUUGUGGUGGAUCAGAUGUUAUAUAAUCACAUAAAUAAUAAGGUCACCAAAAUACUGCCAUUUCCGGAGGGAAGAUAUAUGUUCGAAUUGCACUGGCUUGCCUACGACAUUGAUCGAGCUAUAACUAAGUUCUAUUGGUCACUUACUUGA